AUGUCAAUCGGUGGAUGCUCGCAUCUCAAUGGUACUAAACCAAGUCUUAUUGAGAUUCAUCCAAUCAGCUCGGAAAGUGUCAAAUUAAUAUUUAUUACUCUUGAACAUAUUCACUUACCUGACCACGAGACGCACAUGCAUUUUAUCUGUAAUGCCUUCUCCUAUGCCCCAAAUCCAACUUUGCCCGAUUGGCUUAAUCUCUUCUCCCUUUGUCUUAUGAUUUGGUAUAAACAGAGGUCACGAGAAACAUCCGAGCUGCAGUAUUGUAACCCGAGUGAUUGUCCGAUUAUCCUUGCAGCCUGCGUUUGUGCUCUAGCACAGUUCUUCAAUUAUGAAGAAGCCUGGGAGACUGUGCUCGCGAAGUAUGAGGAGGUGAGUGAAAUAGCCCACGACAUGGCAACUUCGGACAACUCCAAUUCUACCAACAAUGAGUCAGAAUUGCCAGAAAGUCAACAAGGCCAAUGGAUUAUGCACAGUCUAAUGGAGAUACAAAAUAUUUACACAGAGAUUAUUGCUCUGUCUAAGUUUAUAAAGGCUCUUUCUUUCUACAAUUCUACUGCUGACUCACUGCAGGAUCGCUAUGACGACUGUCGUCCCCUUCACCAGAUAUUCACUUCGAACAAACUCUUCUAUUGGAUCGCAAAGCACCUUUACUCCGUGCCCAUUGAGGCUCGUAAUUACAAGGCCAUUCGUGGAUGGCUUCCUCGACUUCUGACUCCAAGCUCGAUUGAAAAUAUCUCAGAGAGGUGCAUAAUUGUGGUAACUGACCUCGCCAAUCUACUGCAGCACCUGAGGAGUGCUAACAUCGAACUGCUUGAUAUCAAACUGGCGGAGAGUGAGGCCCCAAUCACGAAAAUCAUCGCUAUGUCGAAGAACUGUGCCAAUGUGCGCCGCACACUAGAAAGUUUUCUACAAUCGGAGGAUGUAGCAGUGGAGGCGAAGCCAAAGUCACAAUCGCCAGUCUCGAGGCAGCAUCAGGCAUUGACGUGUAAAAAGGAGAAUAACGGAAAUUAUUUAGCAUUCGGAAAAUCGGUUUCACACGUCCCAUAUGAGCAGGACACUGAGCCAACAGUGAAGACGGCCAAGCAGUCCAACUGGGUGAGAAGGAGGCCAGUUGUGAGUCCGACGGAUAUUCAGGUGAAUCGCGUGCCAUGUCACGAGGUGAUAGGCGAAAACUCAGCCUCCACGGCAAGGUGGCGACGGACAGGUAGAGGGUAUGCGGCAAGAUUGAAGAAACGCGUGGGCAUUGAAUGA